CGGGAGCUGCAGGAUUACGGUUAAACCGUGCCACCUGGAAGACUAAAGAUACAGUUCACCUGAGACUGAGCCACAAUUACUGAAUUUAGGUGACUGAAGAUGCUGCUGCUGUGGAAACAGCUGUUCCUGGUAUCAUUUGUUGGCUGUCUUGGAGAGCUUGAAAACUCCAGGACGAAAAUGAGAAGUGCGGUAUCGGUUCGAGAGGGGCAGGGAGUUGUACUGCUCUGUGGACCACCCCCUCGGGCAGGAGAGCUGUCAUUUGCAUGGAUCUUCAAUGAAUACCCAUCGUUUGUGCAAGAGGACAGUCGGCGCUUUGUAUCUCAAGAGACCGGGCACCUCUACAUCGCCAAAGUGGAGCCAUCAGACGUGGGAAACUACACCUGUGUUGUAACCAGCACCGUCACCAACAGCCAGGUUCUUGGCUCGCCAACUCCUCUAGUGCUGCGCACAGAUGGUGUGAUGGGAGAAUAUGAACCCAAAAUAGAAGUUCAGUUUCCUGAGACUCUUCCUGCUGCUAAAGGCUCAACGGUGAAGCUAGAAUGCUUUGCACUAGGAAACCCCGUGCCUCAGAUCAACUGGAGAAGAACUGAUGGUCUGCCUUUUCCAAGUAAAAUAAAGCUGAGGAAAUCCAAUGGCAUGAUUGAAAUACCUAAUUUCCAGCAGGAGGAUGCUGGACUCUAUGAAUGUAUUACUGAAAACUCAAGAGGGAAAAACAUUGCCAGAGGACGUCUCACUUACUAUGCAAAACCUCACUGGGUCCAGAUGAUAAAAGACACUGAAGUUGCUGUAGAGGACACUUUAUACUGGGACUGCAGAGCAAGUGGGAAGCCCAAACCAUCGUAUAGGUGGCUGAAGAAUGGAGAACAACUGUCAAUAGAGGGAAGGAUCCAAAUUGAAAAUGGUGCACUUACAAUAUCAAAUCUAAAUCUGACAGAUUCUGGCAGAUACCAAUGCAUAGCUGAAAAUAAACAUGGUGUCAUCUAUUCCAGUGCAGAGCUCAGGGUUGUAGCUUCUGCUCCAGAUUUUUCCAAGAACCCCAUGAAGAAACUGAUCCAGGUUCAGAUAGGCAGCACAGUUGAUUUUGAAUGCAAACCCAAAGCUUCCCCUAAGGCCAAAUGCUCCUGGAAGAAGGGAGGUGAGCAGCUACACGAAAAUGAAAGAAUCACUCUUUUGAAGGAUGGUGGAUUAAGAAUAGCCAAUGUGACCAAAGCUGAUGCUGGAAGCUACAUGUGCCUGGCGACAAACCAGUUUGGAACAGCCACUGGCUCAACAAGCUUAAUAGUUACAGAGCCAACAAGGAUUACCCUGGCACCUUCCAACAUGGAUGUCACUGUGGGAGAAAGUGUUGUGUUGCCUUGCCAGGUUCAGCAUGAUCCUAUACUGGACAUCAGCUUCACCUGGUACUUCAAUGGAACACUCACAGACUUCAAGAAAGAUGCUUCUCAUUUUGAGAAGGUUGGAGGGAGUGCAGCAGGGGAUUUAAUGAUUAGAAACAUCCAGCUGAAACACAGUGGAAAAUACGUUUGCAUGGUGAAGACGGAAGUGGAUAGCGUAGCGUCGGCAGCAGACCUUAUCGUACGAGGCUCACCUGGGCCCCCUGAACAUGUGAAAGUGGAUGAAAUUACUGAUACCACAGCACAGAUCUCCUGGCAAGAAGGCACAGACAAUCACAGCCCAGUAACCACUUACACCAUACAAGCGAGGACGCCCUUCUCAGUUGGCUGGCAGCGAGUUACAACAGUUCCAGAUGUGAUUGAUGGAAAAACUUUCACAACCACAGUUGUGGAUUUAAAUCCUUGGGUGGAAUAUGAAUUUCGUGUGGUUGCCAAUAACAAAAUAGGAGGUGGAGAGCCUAGUUUACCCUCAGAAAAAGUAAGAACUGAAGAGGCAGUUCCUGAAAUCCCCCCAUCUGAAGUCAGUGGGGGAGGAGGCAGCAGGUCUGAACUGGUCAUAACAUGGGAUCCCGUCCCUGAAGAAUUACAAAAUGGAGAAGGCUUUGGCUAUGUCGUCGCUUUCCGCCCCUCUGGCACCACGACUUGGAUACAGACUGUGGUCACCUCUCCUGACACACCACGAUAUGUCUUUAGGAAUGAAAGCAUCUUGCCCUUUUCACCAUAUGAAGUCAAAGUUGGGGUCUAUAACAACAAAGGAGAAGGGCCAUUUAGUUCAGUAACCACAGUGUUUUCAGCAGAAGAAGAGCCAAGCACAGCACCUUCUGGUGUGUCUGCAACAAGUCUGUCAUCCUCGGUCAUCGAAGUCUCCUGGACAGCCAUUCCCUGGAAGAUGAGUAGUGGAAGGUUACUGGGCUACGAGGUUAGGUACUGGAACAAUGGUGGAAAAGAAGAAUCUUCAAACAGAGUAAAAGCUGCAGGGAAUGAGACAUCAGUAAGAAUAACAGGUUUGAAGAGCAACUUAGCAUACUACACAGCUGUCCGUGCUUAUAACAGUGCUGGAGCAGGUCCCUUCAGUGCCACAGUGAAUGCUACCACAAAAAAGACACCACCCAGUCAACCCCCGGGAAACCUUGUGUGGAAUGUCACCAACUCCAGAGUAAUCCUCAACUGGGAGGAAGUAAGAGCCAUGGAGAAUGAAUCAGAGGUCACCGGGUACAAGGUUUUGUACAGGACCAGCAGCCAGCCCGGUAUGAAUGUGCUGAGCACGGACAAGACAACUGCUGAACUUCUGCUGCAGUCUAAUGAAGAUUACAUCAUUGAAGUGAAAGCAACAACUGAUGGUGGAGAUGGCGCCAGCAGUGAGCAGAUCCUGAUUCCCAGGCUAGCUAGUAUGGAUGCAAGAGGUUCUGGUCCAUCAGUCUUGAGUAUCUUCAGUGUAUCCAGCUUCUUGCCAACACUGUUUUCCUUGACUCUUAACUCUGUGUUGUGAUGAUGCUUUUUUUGUUUGUUUGUUUGCUGGGGGAAAAAGAAGGAAAAACAGAGCAAGCAUCUGUUACUACAGAGAAGUGCUGGGGGUUUCAAGAAAUCUGCAGUGGUUAAUGCAUGUUUUUUUUCCUCUAUCCUGAUGUGUUUUUAAAUUCUUUAUAUUUCACUGUAGGUUGAAGUAAAACUCUCCUGUAAAGUUUAGCAAAUCCUUUAAAAAGGAAUCCCGAAUGCCUUAAUACUUGAACCAAAGGAGUUUACAUAUGACGUACUUCAGCUACAAUGUGAGAGACAGAGAGCAGUGGCACCAUGACCAGAGCAAGGAGGAAGAGCUCAGUGACAAGCUCCAUUUUGCAGUGACACUGAAUCAUUUUGGGUGUGUUGUUCUGAUGUCAGGAUGACAUCAGGGCUGUGGUUUUUCAGUCAGUUGGUAACAUGCUGACCAAGAGGCUGUCCUUAAGACACUGUCAUAAUCCAAUAGGUUUGGAUCAAUUUCCUUACUGCCAUUUAUAGAAAUUAGUCUAAAUCUCGCAAGAAAUCAGAGAGGAAAGGUAGAGAGCAGUGCCACUAUGGAUGUUAGUCCAGGCUGGACUGUCCCAGAGGCAGGCUUCCACUACUACCCUUCAGAAUAGAGCUGUGUUUCAAAGGUGGCUCUGUUUGAUCACAGUGUAUAUUCACCCACCUUUUGCAACACCCAACCCUCCUCUCCAGCAAGACAUUUUGAACUUGAUUUCCUUAUGUACCCACCUUACAUUUCUUAUCCAGCUUCCUCAUUCAUUACCAAAUUCUCCCACCUUCCUUCAGGAUCAUUCUGUUGCCCUUCUCUGAACUCCUGUCAGUGUUUCACUAACAAAAGUGCCCAGCUGCAAGCAUUAUUGAGAUGCAGUUGCACCACGGCCUUAUGAAAAGGGACUACCACCACCUCCCUACCUUGUGAUGUGGUGCUUCCAAAUAUGCAGCCCGAAUCAUCUUGCUCUGUCGUCUCCACUGUGAGAUCAUCCCUCAUUCGGUGUUACAUUCAUAACUCCCCUCCCACUGCUCUUGAACCAAUUCAAAACUUACUUCACCUGCUCUGGCACUCUCAUGCACCCCACUGCUGCUAAGCUGCUGGCAAUACUAUAGGUUAGAAGAAAAGAUAAAUACAUAAAGAUGCUUCAGGCUUGCUGUCACAGAGAAAUCCAUUUUCUUUCACAGCAAUACAUUAAAAAUCCAUUAAACCUGGUACAUUUGACUUCUCUAGUUGUGAAUUUAGUCCAAUCAGCCAAUCCAAUCAAUGUAGAGAGCUGCCUACACCCAUGGUAGUGUUCACGUGACAUAAAGCAAACCCUUUUAAAGAGUUUGGUUUUCCUUUCACAACAUUAUUCCAACACAGACAGCUACAAAAGGAGAGAACCAGGAUUAAUGAAAUUAGGGUAGCACUGUAAACAAAAACACAAACCCACAAAACUUUGGAUAUGCAUUCAAAUAGCAAAUCACCACCUUAGUAUCACAUCCAGAUGGACAUCUGUGCUAAGUGUUGAAGUAAGCAGGCUCUGUAUAUACUGUACAUACCUAGUUAUAAAUGGCUAGUUGCUUUUCAAUGUGGCUAACCAGUGAUGUUUGCAGACACUUGCAAAUGGGGGGUGGGGGAGGGAUGGAAAACCAGGUGUUACUAGUUGGUAUCUAGUUAUGUUCCAUGCAACAAAGGGUGACUCUUUCUAGUCUCAUCCCACACCAUUCUAGUCCCUGUCCCUGUAUUGCCAUUUCCAUGUGAUUCCAUUGUCGUCUUUAAUUUCUAGUUAUAUAUCUCCAUGAGAUAUGUGCCCAGUACCUUGUUUCAUAUUGAAAAGUUUGAAAUUUAUCCUUAAACUUCCAGCUGUGUGUGUAUCCUAUGGUUAUCUGUAUGCAUUUUUUUCUAUUACUCUAAUAAAAUAUUUAUUACAUUGAGGGAGAGCAGAAUAUUGCAGAGUAUUACUGCUUGGUCAUAUUAGAGAUUUGCACACAUGGGGAUUCACUGCAGCUACAGACAGUGCUUACUGUGUCUCCUGACCUUUCUGUGCUGACUGCUCAAUAGAUCUCCAUCAUAUCUGCACUAAGUGGCACUUGGGGUAGGAGUGGUUUCCCUCUCAGUGGUUCUGCUGCUGAAAGAUUACAAUCCCACCCCACCUAU